AUGGCGGUGACCUAUGGGUUGGAUACACCGUUGUCGCGGGACCCGGUGAUUGUCGGGACGGUUUUUGGCGCACUCGCAACUAUAACUACAGGUUUGCGGUUCUACGCCCUAAGGCUUCGCCGGGUAAAGCCAGGGGCUCCGGAGUAUCUCAUCCUGGCGGCCUUGGUAGUUUUGAGAGAAGCUAAGCGCGCAGUGUCCAUUCUGGGCGGCGCAGGUCGUCAUGCGAGUGAUAUCGACCCGGCAUCGGUAGUGGUGACCCUCAAGACCAUUUUACCCCUUGAGGCAUUGUACGGGAUUGUCAUGGGUCUGAUUAAAUGUUCUGUGAUGCUCUUCUUUACGCGCAUCUUCGGUAGCAAACGGCCAUUCAGGAUGUGCGUUUGUGUGGUCAUGGUCAUCGUUUGGCUCUGGGCUAUCAGCGUCAUUCUCGAGACCUUCCUGCUAUGCCGCCCACUCGCUUAUAACUGGGACAUCACCACCCCCAAUGGGAUCUGUGGAAAUCGCAACGCAACGUACGUUGUCGCCGGGACGCUCAGUCUCAUCACCGACCUCAUGGUGAUGGCACUUCCACUACCUCAUAUAUGGAAGCUACAACUGAGCAUACCGAAGAAACUGGCUCUAAGUUUUGUCUUUUGCCUGGGUUUACUCGUGUCCGUGAUCAGCAUCAUACGGCUCUUCUCCUUGAUGGCAAUUAGCUUCACCGAUAUCACUCAUUCUGUUCAGAUGGGGGUUAUGUGGACCGUGCUAGAACCCGAGCUAGCGAUCAUCUGUGCCAACAUGCCAUUGCUCAAGGUGCUACUUUCGCGCAUGUUCCACAAAGUCUUCUCUACUGCAGGGAAGAAGUACAGUGUGUCGAGCGCGCAGGCCUUUGAACAACUACAAGAGCAGGAAGCAGUAUAUCCGAUGAAUCGAUUCGAUCAUCAACCCGUCAGGACGAAGAUUAGCGCGGGAUCCUCCCGAAUGGCGUUGAAAAAGCCGGACGUGCCAAUUUCGAUUACAAACACGAUUGACGAGGAGCAGCACGAACUAACCAGCCACGGGUCACCUAAUGCUAUUAGUGUUGUGCACAAGGUGGAUAUCGAGUAUGGCCAGGCAUUGAGCAGAUAG